UUGUUUUUAAAUUUAGGUAAUUGAAACAGAAAUUCCUGAAGUUGUUGGGACAUGCAUAUCAGCAGAACUAUCAUGUCUGGAAACUUUAAAUAAUUCUCUUUUAUAUUUAAAUGAUUAUAGACAGCUUAAUGAAUUAAUAAGUCAUCAAAAAGAUGUUUUUAACUUUGCACAUAUUUUACAGCUUCAAGGGGAUAAGCAACAAGAACAACAGCAAAGAAUGUUUCAAGCACUUUUGCAUCAACAGGAAAAUCAAACACGGCUUUUAGAAGAGAGUCGAGCUGAACAGAGACAAUUGAUUCAAAAUACUAUUGCAGAAGCACAUGCAGCAAUUUCUGAGAAAACUCUGAAAAUAGUUGAAGCUCAAGCACAAGCAGUGAAAUCUUCAGCCGAUGCAUUACUACAGUUAACAGAAAAUCAUCAUGCAGCAAAAAAAGAAUUUUCUUCAGAAUAUAGCAAUGAUUUUGAACAAGUAGAAACAAGUAACCAUUAUCAGUCUUCAGGAAAAAGCAGCGAAAUUUCUUCUCAGUCUAAUUCGCAAUCAUCUAAUAGUUCAAUUUCUGAAGAUUUGACAGUUUUACCAGAAAAACAAAAUGAUACUUUUUCAGGAAAUUCAAAUAUUGAAAGCCAGUCAAGAAGUAAAAACAAUGAAUUAAGUAAAUAUACAUUGUCUCAGUUAUCAAAAAACACUAUAGAAGAAUCAGUUCCAGAAAGUUUGGAACAAGGAUCUAUAACUGAUGAGCAGAAAGCUUCAAUUUCAAAUCCAGUUCACAGUUCUCAUGAAGAUCAUAAUUUGACUAACAAAUCAGUCCAAGUACCAUCUAUUUCUUCUCACAAUCAGAUAUGCAAAUCUGUUUCUACUGUUUCUGAUAUGGUUUGUAAACCUAUUAUUAUUAUUAAUAAACAUUAUAUUAAAUUAUUGAGUUCACAAAAAAUUUUCUUUAACUUGAAACUUCGACAAAAGGGUGCCUUAGAAAAGGUUCCCUCUGUUCGUAAAAGACAGAGAGCUCUUUUGUUGCAGUUACAUCAAGAAAGAGCGCAACUUCGAUGGUUGCAAGAAAUUCAUCAUAAAAAGACUCUUGGGUCACAGAGUUCAGAAGAGAAUACAUCAAAAAUUAUUUCUGGUGAAAAUGAGGAUCAUAGUUUGACUCCUUCAGCUUCUUUAAUAAGUUCAGAAAUAUCACAAGAUGAAAUUAGUAAGGAAUCACUGAAAGAAAAUAGCGAUGAUAUCGAAGAGCACAUUGAUUUGUCUGAAAAAAGUGGAUUGACACAAUCCGAAAUUAAGAAUACUGUGAUACAAGAGACUACAAAUACUGCUCAAGAAAAUGAUAAUACUGAAAAUGAUUUAAAUAUUUCUGAAGAUUUAGAGGUUCUAUCGGAAGCAGCUGAAACAUUAUCUAGUGAAAAAAGCUCUAGAAGCACAGAAACAAUUACUGAUUCAUCAAAUAAAAGUGGCAAUAAAAAAGAUGAAACGCAGAAAUCAAAUGCAGAAAUAAGUGCUCAAUCACUUGAUGAUAAAAAAAUAAAAAAAGAGAAUCUGGUGGAUGAUAUCACAGAAAAUAUCUUUCAGUGGCUUUACACAGAUACCGUUGAUACAAUCAAAACUCGUACUUUAAAUCAAAAAAUUAUAUCUAAUAGUGAAAAUUCAUCCACAGAAAUCGUAGAUAAAAGCAAAAAGAAGCCUUCAGACUUUAUUUCUGAAAAUCUGUCAGAAUACCUAAUUGAAGAUUCUGUCGAUUGUAUGUUGCAAAUUACCAGAGAAAAAAAGGACAUUAACAUAAGUGCAUCAGAAUCAAAAAAUGUGAAGAAAGAUGUUUCGGAUAUUACAGAGAAAGUGACUCGAAUUUUAGCCACUUUAAAUGACAGAAAAUCGGUUCAAUCAAAAUCUAGACCCCAAGAUCUAAUGAUUUUGUCUCCAUUAUUAGACAACUUAGAAGAUAAUAAUUGGGAAAUUACUACUGAUCUUGAAAUUGAAAAAGCUGAAAUGACUAGUUCUUUUGAACCCGUUCUUUUAAACCAGGUUGAUUCUGAUAGUCAUUCUGAAAUUCCUUCUGUAAUAUCUUCAGUUUACUCAUCAUCAGAUUCUGCAAAUAAAAACAUGGAAGGUGUGAAAUCAAAAAUUUCCAGUAAAUCUAGUAAUAGUCACGUCAGUACCGAUAUUCAGUCGUGUAAACAUUCAAAUCAGUCAUUAGAAUCAUUGUUGCAGCGAUUCAAAAAACUGGAAAAUAGUAAAAGGUAUCUAACAAAACGUGAACAAAAAUUGUUGGAAAGAAGACAAGAAGUAGAAAAUUUACUUAUUUGGAAACAAAAAUUAGAUGCCGAAGAAAACGAAAUUCGUGGAAUUGAAAAAAAAUUAUUUGAAAUGGAAAAGAAACAAAAGAGUUCAAGUUCUAUAUCAAAGAGUUUGCACGAAGAUAAGAAAACUACAAAUAGUAUAAAAACUGAACAAAGCUCAAAGAGCUCUAUACAAACUGAUGUUGAAGUGUCACCAGGAUCGUCUAUUGAAAGUCAAGGAAAUAAUAACAGAGGAAAAAGUGAGAGUGAAAGUUCUGUUGCUGAAGAUGUAAUUAUAUCAGAAUAUCAGAGCCAAAUUAUUUCAAGUAAUAUACAAGAAGAAAUAUCAACUGAAAGUAAAAAGCAAUUAUCAGAAACAGAAAUUUAUUCUGAAUCAUUUGAAUCAACUGAUCAUUCAAAUAUUGAUUCUCAACUACAAAAUGGGACAGUACCAAAGCAAAAAUAUAGGGGACUGAAUAAGAAACCACCUGCGAUGAUUCGGAUUCCUUUAGUUCCUCAUACGCAUCAUCGGCAUGAUUCGAGUGGGUCUGAUGAUUCUUUUACAGUUUCUCAGUCUGAGACUGCUUCAGAUCAGAGCGAUAUAGAGGGUCGCAUUCUAGCAUUAAGUGACGAACUGAAGCGACGUCAGUUAGAAGUCAGCAGAUUGAAAAAGGAACAGAAAAGAAUAUAUCGUGAGCAGUUAAAAGAACGAGAAUUAUCUCUACAAAAACAGAUUGAAGCUUACGAUCAGUAUAUUCAAAAAGCUAAAAAAGAGUUAGAACAAAAAUUAGAGCCAUCGGGGACAUGGUACACUUCAUUAGAGACGACACCUGUUAAGCCACAGAUCAAGCAACCACGCGUUGCAGAAUCUCGUCGUCUUCGUAGAAAUGUGGCCAAUGGAGAUAAUUUAUCUCCACCAUCAGAGGUUAGAAUUUUCAGCAUUAGCAUUUUUGUAGCAUUAGUAUUGUUUUAAUGCUGUAAUUCUUGAAUAACAUCUAGCUUCUUUAACUUAAUUUCCCUUAUUAUACUAAUCACUUCAAUACUGGAAGAGUCAUAUUUCUUACAUUGGUAACCAUUAUCACCUGAAUAGUGUACAGA